AUGUAUGUCUGUGACAAUGGACACAGCUCAGUGAAGGGCAGGACCUUCCAUUCGCCCCUUGGCCGGACCAAGAUUGUCUAUGCAGAGAGGCCUCUAACUGACAACCACAGAUCAUUGGCCUCAUAUGGCUUGAAAGAUGGGGAUGUGGUGAUUUUACGGCAAAAGGAGAAUGCAGAGCCACGGCCUCCAGUCCAGUUUCCAGGUCUGCCCAGGAUAGACUUCAGCAGCAUUGCAGUGCCUGGGACGUCAGCCCAGCAGCAGCAGCAGCAACCAGCGCAGCAUCUUCGCCCAUCACCUCCAGAUAUAUCUUCAUCCCCUCAAGGCUUGGACAAUCCAGCACUGUUACGGGACAUGUUGCUUGCCAAUCCCCACGAGCUGUCCCUACUGAAAGAACGCAAUCCACCCCUGGCUGAGGCACUGCUCAGUGGAGACCUUGAGAAAUUUACCAGGGUGCUGGUGGAGCAGCAACAGGACCGAGCCCGCCGAGAGCAGGAGAGAAUCCGUCUGUUUUCAGCUGACCCUUUUGAUCUUGAGGCUCAGGCAAAGAUAGAAGAGGACAUAAGGCAACAAAAUAUUGAAGAGAACAUGACAAUAGCUAUGGAAGAGGCCCCAGAGAGCUUUGGCCAGGUGGUGAUGCUCUAUAUUAACUGCAAAGUCAAUGGACAUCCAGUGAAAGCCUUUGUUGACUCAGGUGCCCAAAUGACCAUUAUGAGCCAAGCUUGUGCUGAAAGGUGUAACAUCAUGAGACUGGUGGACCGGCGCUGGGCAGGCAUUGCUAAGGGUGUGGGCACACAGAAAAUCAUUGGCAGAGUGCACCUAGCUCAGGUUCAGAUUGAAGGGGAUUUUCUGCCGUGUUCUUUCUCUAUCCUUGAAGAACAGCCCAUGGAUAUGCUUCUAGGACUGGAUAUGCUUAAGAGACAUCAGUGUUCCAUUGAUCUCAAAAAGAAUGUACUAGUGAUUGGUACCACAGGAUCUCAGACAACUUUCCUUCCAGAAGGGGAGCUCCCAGAGUGUGCAAGACUGGCAUAUGGGCCAGGGCGGGAGGACAUGCGGCCGGAGGAGAUUGCAGACCAAGAACUGGCAGAAGCUCUACAGAAAUCUGUAGAGGAAGCAGAGAAUAGUGAUAAAGAAACUACCUCACUGGAAAUGCCAUCUUUACCAUCUUCUGAUGGAUUUAAGAGUCCAGUCCAUUCUUCAGGACUAAGUUCCAAGAUCUGUAAUCCCACAAAUCAAUUACUUGAUCGCUCCGUCUCCGCCCCUGCUUCAAUUUGCUCACACAAAUCUAGUCUAGCAGAGAUAAUUGAUCCUACAGCUGUGAAGUCUUUGGAGUCACCAGCUGAAUGUCAGCUAGCUCCAGACCCUCUUCUGUUACAGAAUCUUUCUGAUCAUGCUGCUCGUUCAGCACACAAUGACCAUGCUAUCCAGACUGGAGCAGUAGCUUGUCAUAGUCCAACUAUACCUUCACAGAAUACACUUGAAAAAACACUCGCCGCUGACCAUCUAAUGAAAUAUAAUGCUAAAGAACAAGCCCAUGGUCUGGAAUCUCCUAUGGAAGUGACAAGAGAAGGCAGUUUGUCUGAUACUACCAGCAGGAAUGGGCAGCAGGCGGUUCUAGAUGUGCCACUGCCUUCAGAACAGCUGGAACUGAACCAAAUGAAUGGGUUUCCUUUGGAUCUUCAGACAUGCAAAGAACCAGUGAGUGAACAAUGUCUGGAUAAACAGAAUGAACCAACUGAGCCAGAACAUCCUUGUAAUGUCAGUGCCCUUGGGUUACCUGCUGUGGGGGAGCAAGGCCUUACGAACAUCCAUCCAGAAUCACCCAUUGACUCUCUUACUGAGAGAAGAGAAGGUGGGCUGGAGAAUAUAGAGCUUCUGUGUGGGAAAGAAAAUAUCCCAAUGUCUGCAUCCUGUGGCUGUUCACAUACAGAAAUCUUCAUGGAAACAGAUGUAGCUGAGCAGUCUGUUGUCACAGUGCAUAGCUUGUCAAGCAAACAGAACACUCAAGCAAAGAAUAUUGGUGGAUCUGUUCUGAACUUAGAUUGUUCUUUGAUGCAGAUGGAGUCAUCAAAGCAUGACCUCUCUGUGUCUGUAUUUUCGAGUAACCCGGUUUCCACUAGUGAUUUACUGCAGCCUGAAACCAACGUUGAAAUGACUACAAUAUGUACUGAGUUACCUAAUUUAUCAGCUGAAAAUAACUCUUCCUCCUCUGACAUUCGUCAACUGAACAGUGAUGCAGCAGCAUCCACUGAAGAGCCAAGUUUAUCUUUAACAGCAGCGUUGAAGGAGCUUCAUGAACUUUUGGUUAUAAAUAGUAAAGGAGAUUCUGUCAUUUUUAUGUCUGAGGAAGACGCAGGUCAGCCAGAAACUGUUCCUGAAGAGCAAAUGGAAUGCAAGGAGCUUUCUGAUGAUGAACAUAAAAGUGUGGAUCCAGAGAGUGAGGAUCUAAAUAGUUCCUUUCGCAUGGUGAUGCCUGAACAUGUGAACCCUGAGGGGCUAGCAGGGGUACCAUCUUAUGCUAUGGGAAUAGAAAAUGCUAGCAUCAAGAUUUUAACUAGCAGCCAGUCAACUGUUGAAAAAGAUGCUCUAGAGAUACAGAAGUCAUCAAGUAAGAGUAAUUCUGUCAUUCUGAGCUCAGUUGCAACAUUUGAUCAACUACAGAGUACUGAGCAGGCAGAAAUUUUACCUGAAUGUUUAGUAAAUGACCAAGUUCCAGCCAGUCAGACUUCAGAGCUGAAUAGAUCACAUUCACCUGAGCUCACAGUGGAAGAUGAUCCUCAGGAUGCUCAGAGCCUGUUAACAGCAGUGACUGAAAGAACUGACAGUUCCUCAAAUCCUGAAGAUACAAGGCCACCAUGUGGACUUGUUGAGCCAUUGCUCUGCCCACCAAUCAGCAAUCUGGAAUUGCGCUCCAGAGCUCCUCCGCUGCCUGUUUUCCCUGCAGCAGACAUUAAUCAGAUUCUGUGCGCUGGCUUUACCAUGCGGGAAGCUCUUGAAGCUCUGGAGCAAGCUGAUGGAAAUGCAAACCUUGCUCUUCUCUUUUUAUUAGCCAAGAAUAUUGUAGUUCCUACAUGACCAUGGAAAAGAUGGCCUGAUUGCUCCAUCAUCCUUUUAAAAAACGUAUCUAAAUUAUAUAGAAUAACCUGCAAGCCGAAUAUUGUCAGAUUUUUUUAAAAAAAUUAUUUUCAGCCAAAGUAAUUUAUGAUCUCUUCUGUGUGUGUCAUGCGUUAAAUUUGGGCCUUUUAAAAGAAAAGUCUUUGCAUUGUGUAAACACAUUAGCUUUGAAUUUUCCUUGAGAUGGUGCAUACUGGAAUAAAAUUGUUUUUAUUUAAUUGUAUGAUUUUAGAAUGAGCUCCGAUAUUGUGAAUUAAAAAGCAGAAGCCAUUGAGAAAACCACCACCCCGUUCAGCAAAAAGCAGAUUGUGAAAUGUACUGAAUGUCCAUGUGCAUGCCUCCCCAAGGCAGUGCAGCGCAUGUGCUGUUAUAGGAGAGGCAUACAAGCUAGGAAUUCAGUGUGGUACAAAAUGAAACAGUUUGUUAAACUAAGCUGUUUGGAAUUGUACCAGUCAUCACUACUGUGCUUUGUAAUCUGAUGCUGAUGAAGAAUUGUAGCAGCUACUAGAGGUAUGUCCAUGCCCACAGGGCUCUGGAUCCAAAAAAGUUUUGCAGGGAUAUUCAAAGCUUGCACCUUUUUGUGCGUUGAAAGCUGAUGCCUAGGUUUCCAAAAUGUAUUAUGCUAUUGGGCCAGCGUGUUAAAGUUUACAUAGUGGGGCAGGGGGAGGAGGGAGAUAAAAUUUGGUGCUACCAAAAAUAAGGGACAAGGCAAAUGAUCUGAAGAUAUCCUGGUGUUAAUCUUUUAUUUCAUUUCCCCAGUGAAAGGUAUUUUACCCCUUUAUAGAUUUUUCCCAUAUCUUCCUCCACAGAGAAGGAGCGGGGGCAGCCUUCUUAAGCAGAUACCUUUUAAUUUGUUUUGUUAGACAAUUUCAUUAAUUGCAUCUGUUGCUAUGGGUCUUUUCUCCUUUUGCCCCAGUCACGUACAAAGGCAUAUCCUGUAACUGUUUAGAGAACAAAUUCUCUAUGCACUGAGUAGGGACGUAUAAUUAAAGGACUGAAGAAAUUUGCUUUUGCACUAGUUUAUCUCAGUGCUUGGGGAUGAUCAACCCUUCAGCCCUUUUUAGAUGAACACUCAAAGGCUGUGAUCUUCACUGUAGAAAUCUUCACUGCAAAAACUCUUUGUGGAUCGCAGUGUAGUACCAUGUGAUAGAUGAAGACUCUCCACGUAAAGCACCCUGAAACUAGGACACUGAUCUGGCUUCUGUAUUACAACCAUUGAAGCCUUUCAGGAGGUUCCCAUCAAGAACUGUCUUUUUAGCACCCACAGAGAGCUCAGGAAAGCCUGGUUCCAGGGAAUCGGGUGCUUUCAUGGGGAUCAACUACUCUUUCUCCUGCUUUAUGGAGGUUCAUGACACUCUUGAGGAGAGGAAGAGGGAAAAGCAUGAUAAAAUGUGAUACAAAUUGUGAGUAGAAACCUUAAGCCGGUCCCAUUUGCAAUUCUCUGAAGUGGCUUCACCUAAAAUGUAAUCUGACUUCCUGCUUCAGACAAAUAAACUGAAGUUGUGAGUC